GGAAAAAAAAAAAAACAGACAUCACACAUACAUAACCCUCCUUGUUUCCUCCCUCUAUCUGAAUUUUCAUAGCCAUUCUUUCUUGUUCCUUUUUUAUAUUGCCCUGAUCACCACAUCAUAUCACACAACAAAAAGUCAAAAACCCACUCUAAAUUUUAUCAAUAGUGUUCUUUAUUGCUACCAAAUGGUACAACAACAACAACAAGAGGAAUUCAGAGAUGCCCAUGAUUCAUUUGAUGACCCACUUUCAAAAACAUCUUUCCCCCCUUCCUCCCCGGGUCUCCGCCGUCGUCGACUGUCUAACGCUUCUCCGGUAAGAAGAAAACCCCACAAGUUUUCAUCGAAUUUGAAAGAUGUAAAUAAUAAUCCGAAAUUAAAUGGGAAUUACUUGAAUUUGAAAGAUGUAAUAAAGACUGAUAGUGAUUUAGAUGAUCAAAUUGUCACUGAAAGUUCCGUUACAGUCGAUUCCCCGAAUUCAAACUUAGCCCCAUUAGUAGUUUUGUUAAAAGUAUUUGUAUAUCAAGCAAAUUUGUUAGUUGGGUUUGUUACAUUUCCCAUAUGGGUUGUAUACUAUGCUUAUCUGCUUCUUUUGGUGAUCACUAGACGUGUACGACGUUACACGAUUAGAAAGAUUUCGAGGUUUUUGGGAUUCUGUAUAGGUAAUGUGAAACGGGUUGUGUAUGGAUGGAUUAAAAGAAAUAGUAAUUCAGUUUGGAAAUUAUGUCAGAGAGUUGGGUUGGGGUUAUUGCAGUCGGUUUCUAUUGGGUUUAUUUUGGUUGGUUUGUUGAUUUUUGCGUUUGUUACUAGUGGCGUUUUAAUGAAAUGCUUUUUGGAUGAGCCUGUGGAAAGAUUUGAGGAAUUGAGUUUUGAUUAUACAAAAGAUGCUCCUAUUGCUUAUAUGCCGAUUAUGUCUUGUCCCCAAUCCUUUUGUGAUGAGUGUGAUGGAGACUUUGAAUCUGGAAAACGUGCUCAGUUGGGGCGGGUUAUACCUCUUGGUCAUAAAUUAUUGGCUACCGUCUCGUUGACCUUGCCAGAAUCCGAUUACAACAGAAAUCUUGGGAUUUUUCAGGUGAGGGUAGACAUCCUCUCUCCCAGUGGCAAAUUCCUUGCAAGUACGACACAACCAUGUAUGCUGCGAUUCAAAAGCCUGCCUAUCCGUCUUCUAAUGACUUUUUUGAAACUUUUUCCUGUAAUCUCUGGCUAUUCAUCAGAAACCCAGGCCCUAGCUAUCAAGUUCAAAGGGUAUAUCGAACGGGUAACUCCAACCUCUUGUUUGAGGGUGGUCCUUGAACCACGAGCAGCAUUUGCAAAAGGUGGUGGCGUUCCUGAAAUAUAUACAGCAUAUCUAAAACUCGAGUCACAACUUCCUCUUUUGAAGAGGAUUUUAUGGUCAUGGAAAUUGGCAAUUUAUGUAUGGACUAGUAUUGUGAUCUUUAUAGGUGGCUUGGUUUUCAUGAUGAUAUGUUGCACACCCUUGCUAGUUCCGUGGUUACAGCCAAUGGGUAUGCGUUCUAAUAAUAAUGGUUCAAGGUAGCUGCUUUAUGCUCACGUGCUAUCACAACAUUCAUCUGAAACAUUUGCAAGACCAAAAAGCUUCACUGCCCAAAAGCUGGCCUUGAGUAGUGUUAGUAUAAUAGGAUUGAUAUAUGUUAGCUGUAUAUAUACUUCUUAGUCAAGGUAAUGCAUUUACUUUAGUAAGCAAAUAGUUUAUGUUUCUUUGCAAUUUCUUAUUGUAACUUUUGGAUUACAUAUAUGUUGCCUACACCUGUCUGACGAUAAAUGAUAAAAUUAGUAGAUAUUGGCAAUUUCCUGCCAUUUACUUUUAA